ACUGUCAAAAAAUCGCUCACCCCUGAGAUGCCAGGUUCUUCCGGGCAGCCGGGCUCGCAGACGAUAAAGAAAGGGCACAGGGGAGUGGACUCCACGGGCGAGACUACUUACAAAAAGACAACAUCGUCUGCCUUGAAAGGUGCCAUUCAGCUGGGCAUUACACACACAGUUGGAAGCUUGAGCACCAAACCCGAAAGAGAUGUUCUCAUGCAAGAUUUCUACGUAGUAGAAAGUAUUUUCUUCCCGAGUGAAGGGAGCAACCUCACCCCAGCUCAUCACUACAACGACUUUCGGUUCAAAACCUACGCCCCAGUGGCCUUUCGCUAUUUCCGGGAGCUCUUUGGGAUCCGACCGGACGACUAUCUGUACUCGCUCUGCAACGAGCCGCUCAUCGAACUUUCCAACUCCGGGGCCAGCGGAUCCCUCUUCUACGUAUCGAGCGACGAUGAGUUUAUCAUCAAAACGGCAUUUCUUUUGUCUUUGAUGUUCUAGAAUUUGAACCAGAACCCCAGGACGCUGCUACCAAAGUUUUACGGCUUUUUCUUUGUGCCGGGCCGAGGAGAAAAAUGUGUCCAGGCCGGAGGCAAAAACAUCCGCAUCGUCGUGAUGAACAACCUGCUGCCGCGCUCUGUCAAAAUGCACCUGAAGUACGAUCUGAAGGGCUCCACCUACAAACGCCGAGCGUCCCCCAAGGAGCGGGAGAAGGUCUUCCCGACAUUCAAGGACUUGGAUUUUAUGCAGGACAUCCCUGAUGGCCUCUUCUUGGACUCCGACAUGUAUAACGCCCUGUGGAAAACGUUACACAGAGACUGUUUGGUCCUGCAGAGCUUUAAAAUCAUGGAUUACAGUUUGCUGGUCGGAAUCCACAACAUGGAUCAGGCACAGAAAGAGCACGCGAUAGCAGACGGGACGUCGCAGACCGAUACGCGGCGACCCGCUGCCCAGAAAGCCCUCUACUCCACGGCCAUGGAGUCCAUCCAAGGAGAGGCCCGGCGAGGCGGCACCAUAGAGACAGAUGACCAGAUGGGAGGGAUCCCCGCCCGCAACGCCAAGGGGGAGAGGCUGCUGCUCUACAUCGGCAUCAUCGACGUGUUGCAGUCCUACAGGUAA